UGCAAUUUUUGCAAUNAUUAUAAAUUCAGAAUUUUAUUUAUUGUUUAUUUCCGGGGCCGUUCAUCUUCCCCGUCCGUUGUAAUCCGUACAAAAAUUGUAACAAUCUUAAGGUAGUAGUCAUAUCCGUGCGCAAUGGCGGGUAUGGACGGAUUCGGUUUUGACGCUCACACCGGAAACGGGAGUAGUUCCGAGACUCCGGUUGUGAACGUUUCGGCUGGAUUGGGUGGCUCUGUUGGGCAGGCCACUUCGAUCACCACCUUCGUUGGAUCGAGCGCGACUAUGGGGUCCGCUCCGGUUACCUCGGUUAUUGGACCAACCGCGGCUACGGCCGCAAUGGUCACCCCACUCGGACCGAACAUGGCUUCGGCCAUACCGGUCAUUCCCUCACUUGGACCGAACACGGGUGUCUUCACAUCCGCACCGGUCGGACAUCCUAUUGUCAUGCUGCCUGCAAACUCUGUCAAAGAACCGGCAAAGUUCACAGGUGUUGGCUUUAAAAUAUGGCAGCAAAGGAUGUUAUUUUGGCUGACCACCCUCAACCUUGCAAGGGCUGCAUCCGCAAAGGAGUUAUGGACUACACUGUCCAACAAAUACCAGGCCGAGGACGCCGGUGCGAAGAAAUUUGUUGUCGGUAAGGUCUUGGAUUUUAAGAUGGUGGAUUCCAAACCCGUGGUCAGUCAAGCUGAAGAAUUGAUUCUCAUUUUUAAUGAGUGCACUGACGAGGGAAUGGGAGUCAGUGAGGCAUUCCAAGUGGCGGCGAUUUUUCAUGUGCUCCCGCCAGCUUGGGAUGAGUUCCGAAGCUAUCUCAAGCUCAAACGGAAAGAAAUGACUUUAGAACAGUUGCUUGUUCGUCUCCGGAUCCGUGAAGAGGGUCUCACUCACGAGAAGAAAGUAGCUGUUGCUAAGGCCAAUGUGGUGGAGCAUCCAUCCAAAGAGGGUUCUUCCAAAGGGCCCAAGCCGAAUAAGGACAAGAAGAAGAUUGGUCCUAAAGGAGGCGUCGUGAAGCCCAAGUUCGCUGGAAAAUGCUACAACUGUGGCAUUACGGGCCACCGUUCUUCAGAGUGCCGCAAGAAGCCUCAGAAGAAGAAGCAAAAGAAGGAAGAAGCUCUCUGCUCGGAGCUAGAUGCCAUGGACCUUUGUGCUGUCGUGACAGAGGUCAACCUGGUCGGGUCUAACCCGAAAGAGUGCCCAGUGCAUAAUGUCCUCGCAGCCCUGUGCAUAACGUCCUUGAAUCGCUGUCCAGUGUUUAAAGACCUCACUGUCCAGUGCUUAAAGACCUUGCUGUCCAGUGCUUAACGCCCUCGUUGUCCAGUCCUUAAUGUCCUCGUACAACAAGGCCAUUUGAAGAUAUAGAAAUUUAUUUUCAACUUUAUUUAUUUUGUAAUAUUCUGAAUAAAUUAUAAAUUCAGAAUUUUAUUUAUUGUUUAUUUACGGGGCCGUUCAUCUUCCCCGUCCGUUGUAAUCCGUACAAAAAUUGUAACAUCAAUAACAUAUACGAUAUGAUGAGUAACGAAAAUAUGGUAAAAAACUGAAUGAAAUUCAAUCGUGUGA